AUGGCGCAGUCAGGGACUGGGGCAUACAACAACCCCUUGAAGAAAUUCAAUUGGCAAGACGUCCCUAAUCACUCGAUUCAUACCAUGUACUUGGAAGAUAGGACGGUGCGGCUACAGCUAUGGGAUACGGCAGGCCAAGAGAGGUUCAGGAGUCUGAUUCCAUCCUACAUUCGCGACUCGAGUGUAGCCGUGGUGGUAUAUGAUAUAUCAAAUGCGAAAUCUUUCCAGAACACACGAAAAUGGAUAGACGAUGUGCGGGCAGAAAGAGGCAACGAUGUUAUAAUUGUCUUGGUGGGCAACAAGACGGACUUGAACGACAAGCGCGAGGUCACGACGCAGCAGGGCGAGGAGGAGGCCAAGAAGAACAACCUGAUGUUUAUUGAGACCAGUGCCAAGGUCGGCCAUAACGUCCAGACGCUAUUUAAAAGGAUAGCACGCUCCCUGCCAGGCAUGGAGGGUACCGAAGCUGCGCAACAGGCAGCCAGCCAAAGUACGCCUAUCCCCAGAUUUUUCCUGAUGGCCGACUACUAA